AUGAUAGACAAAGCCCUCGGGAAACACAUUACACCUGUCACCCUGAAAUCCACCAUCAAAAGCAACCCCUUGUAUAGUGAUAUCCAGGUGGAUGAUGAAUUGGAGAAGAAAAAGACCCCUUCCUGGACUGUGCAAGACUAUGACAGACACUCAGUGCAUCUUAACUUGGCCAGCCAAAUAAAGGAAAAUCCUAAUGAUCUACAGUUCUGGAUGGGGGAUAUUUAUACUCCUGGGUAUGAUACCUUGUUAAAAAAGAAAGAGAGAGAAAAAAAGCAUUCCAAAUGUUGCCGAAUCAUCCUGCUCACGGUACUAGCUGUUUGCAUCCUAAUUACCACAGUCACGCUCAGCAUUUUACUCACUUAG